AUGAAGCUCACCACUUCCCUCAUCCCACUGCUCCCUCUGGUAUCUGCCAACAUGGGCAUCUACUGGAGCAUGGAAAACGUCACCUCCUCCGGCCUAAAAGACAUCACCUUCCCCAUGGCCAUGCCCAACACAAAACACGAGACCGGCCUCUACUACGCCCAACAAUUCCCCUUCAUCGACGCCGGAGGCAUCGGGUACACCGGCCUGCAGCCAAAGCCCGACACCGCCAACGGAAGCAUCAUCCACGCCGUCUUCUCCAGCUUCGCACCGGGAACAACAACAACCGAUCACGCGAACUGCGCAGAUGGCGCAGACGGCGGCCCAGGCGUGAGCUGUGCCGUUGAGAUUCCCGCACCGUAUGCGCAUCUGUACCAUCUGGUGAUCAGAAACACGAACGGGACGACCUGGACGGGCAUGCUUGUUGAUGCGGACCGUGGAAAUAAAACGCAUAUUGGCACUUAUACUCUUCCGGCUGGCUCGAAGGGGAUUUCGGGGUCGCAUAUGGGCUUUGUGGAGUGGUUUUUGUUCAAUGUCCAGGAGGCAGAAGAUAAGGGCGAGUGUGAUACUAUGCCCAGGGCUGCGGUGACGUUCUAUCCGCCGAAAAGUAAUAGUACGUCCUCUGGUAAGGGGGUUGGGGAGUUGGGUGAGCCGUAUCCGUAUGGUGGGUGUGAGGAGGAUGGGAACUACCAGUGGAAGGCUGUGAAUGGCGGGGGGUAUAGCAUAAGUGCUGGCUAUGUGUAG